AUGACAUCUCCGUACUCUCGAACGAUGCUCAAGGCCUUGUGCCUCGCCGGUCUUCUUUACCGAUCCACUACGGCUCAGGAGGACCUCCCACAGACCAUUGUCGGGUGCGACUAUCUCGACUGCCCGUUUGGUGACGGUACUCCCAGAUACCAGUGGGCCAACUGCACCCUAGCAGACAAGGAUUACACAGCUGUUGGAUUCUCGCGGAUACCUUUAAGCUCCAACUUCUCCUGGCCCGGCCUCUCGUGGCUUUAUGGCGCCGAGCAGAAUAAUUCCGCCUCUCCGGCGUUCGAGAAGAACUUUUACCUGGGUGCACCACCUGAGACGAACUUUUCGGACGUGACGGCGUGCGCCAUCUUCUUCCGAAAUGUGAGCAGUGCGGUUGGCUUUCAAGGCUCCAGUAGGACGUCGCAGGGUACCUGCGAGGAUGCAAUGUCGAAGGACUGCGUGGCAGCUUUGAACAAGCAGGCCGCUGCUGUUGAGGUCGAAGGUCUCUCUGCCAAGGACGCCUGUGACAAAGUGAAGGACGAGUUGUUGGAGACGAUAGACCCUGAUUGUUAUUCAUGGGCCAGGGGUAGAGAUUGGAACAACAUCACCUCCGUGCCCUUGUCAGGACCAGACGCGCCCAAGCCUAUCUCACGCCAGGAAAACUCUACGUCCAACUGCUGGCCAGUCUCCCCCAAGGACUACAGUCUCACAAAGGUUGAAUCAUACGUGGUGGAUCGAAACGGGGACGAAGGCGCGUACAGUGUGGUUCCUAUCCUGACCGUCUUCUUCCCAGGAGACUCCGACACCAUCCCCGAGCCCGAAAGCCAGAUGAACUGCAUCAAGAGUGUGGUGAACCCCGAUAUGGAGUUUGAUGACGAGAACGGUUCGAGUGCUCUGAAGGCUGUGCCGAUGGUCUUGGCCCUGUGGGUUUCAAUGCUUGCGAUGCUUGUAACUCUACUUCCAUAA